GUGUUUUGUGGGUGAGAAACAUCUAGUCUUGUGCUUGUUAGUUUGUUCCAGCAGCACUCCAAGUCUUAGGAUACAAGCCUAAGCAUUUGGUGUAAUCUUUUGAGAUCUGAAUAGAAAUUAGAAGAGCUACAUGGUCUGCUCUCUAUUCAUCUCAUUAUCUUUCUGAAGUUUUCUCAUCUACAUCUUUCUUCUUUACUUCAAUAUAUGUCAAGAGAGUGAUUGUAGGUGAGAGAGAGAGAGAGAUUCCAACAGUGCAGCUAAUCCCCUCUUCUCAACUCAUCAACUAAUCAUGGAUCACAUUCACCAUUUUCUUCCUCUUCUGCUGCUACUACCUUGCACGGUGAUGUGCACGGCCGUUGCCACCGUCACCUCAUCCUCUGACUCAGCUUACCCCACAGUCACCGAGGACUGCUCGGUGGGCUCCGGCGAGGCCGUCCCUGUCCCGGUACGUAGAGAGGUGUAUGAUAACGGUCGAAUAUUCGACAUCAGCCACAGGUACACCGCUGAGAUGCCGAGUUUCGCCUCCGAAAACGGUCGGCUGGGCAGCGACUUCUUGUGGCUGGGAUUCAGCAUCAAGAACGGAUCGCUGGCAAAUGCCUCCAUGAUGAAGUUCUGUGUCCACUCGGGCACUCACGUCGACGCACCUGGUCACGUCUUCGACCAUUACUACCAUGCUGGAUUUGAUGUUGAUGCUUUAGACCUCGAAGUGUUAAACGGCCCCGCGCUGGUGGUUGAUGUUCCCAGGGAUAAGAACAUAACUGCUGAAGUAAUGAAGGCUUUGAACAUUCCUAAAGGAGUGCGUCGUGUGCUUUUCAGAACCUUAAAUACUGACAGGAAAAUUAUGUGGAACAAAGCGUAUGACACGAGCGCCACAGGAUUUACGGAGGAUGGGGCAAAAUGGUUAGUUCAAAACACAGACAUCAAACUCGUUGGAAUUGAUUACUUAAACGUCGCAGCUUUCGUUGAUGUAGUUCCAGUGCAUAAUACUUUUCUGGAAGGCAGGGAGAUAAUUCUUGUCGAAGGUUUAAAGCUCGAAGGAGUUCCGGCGGGAUUAUAUUCUUCUGUUCAUUGCUUGCCUUUAAGGUUGAUCGGUUCCGAUGGAUCACCAGCAAGAUGCAUUCUCAUCAAAUGAUACAUUCUGUAAUCUCAUUCAUAUGUCAAAGAUGAAAUUAUAGUUUGAUAAUUCAGGCUGUAUUUUCAAACUAAAUGUAUCCCAAAUAACAUUCUGGCAUCGGUCUUAUGCAAGUUAAUAAGGGUUUUCCAUUAAUCUAUCAA